UGUAUGUAUUUACCUUUCUCCGCCAGAUGACUCGUUGAUAACUUUACGUUCGUUCUCGAUGAGUAUCGGAUACCGAUCGGACGGCUUACGAAGCCGUUUGGUCAAUAAGAAGCUCCUCGUGAAACUCAAGAAAGCAUAAUGUACAUGUGACGCGAACGACGUAUCGUGUAUCGGUUCGGUACGCGGCCUGUGCCCAAUAACUCUGUCGAAGAAGGAAAUGUUAACGGCGAUGAAAUUCUGUGACAAAUAAGGGAGAAAUAAGAACAGUGCUGACAUACUGGGAACGACAAGUCGCAGUAGAGUAUUCUUUCUAUAGAACGAAAGAAAGAAAAAGUCAACCCUUGUCUGGAUUCUAUUCGAUGUACCGGCGCCCCACCCCCGUUCAUUGUUUGUCUUUUAAAUCUAAUCCCUUAACUACGUAUUCGAGGGUAGCAUGCCGCAUACUAUGCAAGUCUAUUAUCGUCGUUGUCAUUGUCUGAGAGUUACAUUUUACAAUCUAAAUCAAUUUUAAAAAUUCAUUUUUGGGUGCAAAAUCCUGAUUAUAUCUAUGACUUGAAUCCCAAGUUGAUAUUAACAAAUUCAAUAUGUAUGCAUUAAAAAUGCAAACUGCCUGUCAAAGCGAGGGCAGUGGGGAGCCUGAUGAUUCAAGUAGUCAUCACCAAGAACCUGCUAGGCCUCCAGCACAGGAUUGUAGUUCGUUUGACAUUGUUCGAGCAACUCAAUAUGGAGCUUUGGACCGUGUGACUGAAUUAGUAGAAGCUGGUGCUGAUGUGAAUCAGCCAGAUUCAGAAACUGUAACAUUAUUACAUUGGGCAGCAAUAAACAAUCGAAAAGAUAUUGUAAAGUAUUUAAUUGCGAAGGGAGCUGUUGUGGAUGCAAUUGGUGGUGAACUUGCUUCUACACCACUGCAUUGGGCUACAAGACAAGGCCAUUUAUCUACAGUUGUAAUAUUAAUGAGAGCAGGAGCAGAUCCAACUCUUAGAGAUUCAGAAGGUUUCUCAUGUAUUCAUUUAGCAGCACAAUUUGGUCAUACUUCUAUUGUUGCUUAUCUAGUUGCAAAAGGAGUAAAUCCUAAUAUGCCAGACAGAAGUGCAAUGACACCCCUUAUGUGGAGUGCCUAUAAAGUUAAUAGUCUUGCCUUUUACAGUUUAGAUCCGACACGCUUGUUAUUAACUUUAGGAGCGUCUCAUUCGCUCGCAGAUAAUUUACAUGGUAAUACUGCUUUGCAUUGGGCUAUUAUAGCAGAAAAUAGUACAGCAAUAUCAACACUGGUUCAUCAUGGUGCAUCUUUGGAUGUGCCCAAUAUUCGAGAUGAGACACCAAUGACAUUAUUAGGUCGUCAUAUUGGUGCUGCUUGGUUAGGACAUAAGAUUAGUCAAGAAAUCAGAGAAAAGCAAGGUAGAACAAGACUAUGGUGUAGAGAUAAGAGAAUACGCUGGUAUUGUAUGGUCAGUACACCAUUCAUAGUUUUUUAUGUCAUUGGAAUGAUUUUUCAAAGUGGAUUGGAUUAUUUAGUAAAAAUAGGUGCCUUUAUUACUCUUUAUAUAGCACUGUAUUUAGCUAAUCAUUUCAUCUUUGAUGAACGAUUAUUUCAUAUUGUACCAAUGUCAAUCUAUUUGGCUACAAAGAUGUGGAUAUAUGUAACAUGGAUAUUUUGGUUAGGCAUACAUGCUGCAUGGUAUUUGUGGUUACUAUUAGUAGGCGGAUCUGUACCACUUUGGAUAUGUUUCUUACAAUCUUGGAGAGGCGAUCCAGGUGUAAUUACAGCUACACAUGAGGAUAAGCUAAAUACGAUUAUAGAGUUAGCAGAAUCCGGUGGUUUUGAACCACAAUCGUUUUGCAGCAGUUGUUUAGUUAGAAGACCUAUGAGAUCUAAACAUUGUUCUACGUGUGAUCGAUGUGUAGCACGCUUUGAUCAUCACUGUCCUUGGAUUAAUAAUUGCAUUGGUGCGCAUAACCACAAGUAUUUUCUGGGAUUUUUAGCAUCUUUAUUAGGCCUCUGUAUUGUUAUUUUAUCCGCUAGUGUACAAUAUUGGCAAUUUGAGUGUUGGACAAAUUUAACAAAUGGGCAUAGCGCUGAUAAUUAUCUAGUUGCUGCAGCUACAUGCGAUGCUUGGGUAAUGUGGGUCGCAGCAAAUACGGCUCUUCAUUUCUUUUGGGUUGGCACACUACUUGCUUGUCAGUGUUAUCAGAUUAUGGUUCUUGGAAUGACAACGAACGAGCGUAUGAACGCCGGACGUUACGCGCAUUUCAAACAAGGAAAUCCUUUUCAUCGUGGUGCUCUUCAGAAUGCGGCAGAUUUUUGCAAUUUAAACUUCUGCGGAGUAAAAGCAAAACCCAGCUCGGACUGGUUGCAUAGCUUUGAUCAUAAACAGAGCAUCGAAAAGUUGCCCCUCCUUGCUACGAAAGACAACUUUCAAUAUAUUUAGAAUUUUUCUUAAGAAUUUCAUGGAGGAUAACGUAAUUUUGCCAUCAGAAGCUAAUAUAGUGUGUCAUAUCAUUUACGCUUGAAGCAUACUUUCGAAUUACCAAAGAGUUACUACAAAAUUAGAAGUGAUUUUCGAGGAAGGUAGUGAUUUUGCAUAUACAGAUUUAAAUUGCAUACUAUAAAUAAUUUCUUACAUUUAAUGAAAUACAAAUUUUAACAUUCGUCUACCGUAAAAGACUGUUCUACGAUGUAAGUAUGCAUAUCUCACAUUUGUGUAUAUUCUUCGUUUCGAAUAUGAAACAGAAGAACACGUUGCACAAGUACUUUGACUCUAUUUUUACAACAAAUUGUGAACCAAGAUUUUUUUUUUGUCUUUGUAUAUUGUCGCUACGGUUUACGUGAUGUAAACGAUAUAAUAUAAUUGAUUAAAAAGUAAUUUACUUUAUAUCACAUUGUAAAUAUCUAUACUUUUCAUGAAAUUGUUAAACAUAAAUGUUAAUAUUUUUUUUUUUGCAAUUACAAAUUUUUAUUUUAAACGCUAAAUAUUCUAACAAGUAUCAGGUUCAAUUUGUAAAUAAUUAAUUUGUAAGUACAAUUUUUAUCGUAUUGGAAAAUUCUAAUAUCUUUAUAUACAGAAAAAGCCAUGACAGCCAGUUUUAUAAGAUCAGUACAUUAUUUAUUACAAUUAUUUAUAUUUCGUUUUUAAUCGUUAUAAAGUUUGUGACAGAAAUAUGAGUAGUAGUAACAUUGUCACAGUUUUUGCUAAUUUAUGUUUUCACCUUAAAUUUGAAUAAAAUAUGUAGAAAAGAAACUUAAGUUUCGUGAAAUUAUAUCAGAGACUGUUUACUAACGAAAAGUAUGGCAUAUUUAUAUAAAAAAUUAACGAAUUAUUUUAAUAUAAAAAUGAAAAAUAAACAUGCAACAUUAUUAUAAAUAUAGGUAUCUGCAUAUUACUGUUGGCAAUUUGUUUUUUGUACUUAUGAAUAAGUUUACCUGAUUUAAGUGCCAUACUUAUAUUUCUCAAAAAAAUUAUGUUGUUCAUAUACUAUAUAUAUUUACACACGUAUAUAUUUAUAUAUAUAUAUGU